UCAAAGCAAAAAAUCAUGGACCUAUUACUGUGUAGCUUGAUGCACAAACGUGUUGCCUUUUUUUUUCCGGCAAGAUAUGCUUACCGAUCCUGCUAAUCGAUACCCAAUGAUAUGGCAACACAGAGCAAAAAUUUUUCAUUGUUUUUGAUUCGUUCCCCCCACAAGCAAAGUUUACAUAUCGAAUCGUAAGAUAAUUUUUUAGGCUUAGUCAUGGAGAUACUAAAGUGUGAGAAAAAUGCUGAUGUCAAAUAUAAACUGUAUGAAAGCAAGGAAACGGCGGAAUUUAGAAAGCAUCCUGCACACCAUCGAUGGGACGAACAGAAAGACAAUGGUAUAAGAGAACAUUCGAACACCUACUACAGCAUAUGCACUGAACCAUUUACCAAGAACCGGGUUUUUUCUUCAAGAACAAACUUUGUUUUAGUCUUUCAGAGUUUGAAUCUGUUAAUGAAAAAAAGCUCAGCGAACAAUUCACACACUCUUCCCUGUAGGCUUUUUUUUUUAAUACGGCAAGUCGACUAUGAGAUGAAAGGGUUUUGUAGCAACUUCUAGUAUUAUCGCUUGUACAAUAUGUAAAACUGGUCUCCCACAGUAAAAUUUCCUAAAGUGCUGACCUAUUUUGAGGGUCCGUAGUAAG